CAAUAGAACUUUUGUUCUUCAGAAUGUGUUCAUUUGAACUCAGAGAGGCUCGAUUCUUCGGAAUUGAGAGAGGUUUAUCCUCAAUUAUCCCCCCAAUCUUGUCAUUGUACUUAGGUACAUGACAAUUGGUAUCUAGAGUCCUUUCGAUUAUGCCGAUUUUUUCAAUGGAGGUUGCAGAUUUGGACGAGUUUUAUCCAGCGGAAUUGACAGAAAUGGAAUUGUUAUCUCAGAAGAUUUAUAGUUUGGGAAGAUUUCAAGCUGCAAUAUCAGAGAAGCUGGAGGGUGAAUUUAUUCGACCUCCUAAGCAGGUAACUGCAUGGAUAAACUUUUUCUCAACAGAAAUAAAGAAUAUCUUGGCGAUGGAGCGUAGGCUUUGUGAUGAGAAUUCAGAAGAAAGUCUUGGAUUACUCCAAUCAGUGGUUCAACAAUUGAAGACGAUGAAGAGAUACAUCACUGACCACAUGGAACCAACUUCUGUGUAUUCAGAUUUGGUAAGUGAUUCAACUCAAAAAUCCUCAAUUUCAUUAGCUGAAGAAGAAGAAGAAUCUUUAGAUUGCAAGUUGAUUCCGCCUUUUAUCUUUGAAAAAAAUGAGAAUUCAACAGUUCUAGACUCACAUGAACAAAUUUUUUUCCCUAAUUGGAAUAUUUUGAUGGAUACUUUUCAAAUCAAAAAAAUUCCUGGUAAAGUCUAUAAACCACUAAUUGGUCACACAUGGUCCAAUUGUAUCAAAGUUAGUGGACUUUUUGAGAUGGAAAUUCAAAUUAUACUCUACAGACCUAUGGAAUGUGUGUUACUCGCAAAUAGUUUAUGAAGGAAACCUUGAAUUAUUUUUUGUUUGGACUCAACAUCUUUAAGGAUACUCAACAUUUUAAUUCUUAUUACAGUCGAUUGGCAGAAUCAUUUUAUCAUCUCAAGAGGGAUUGUAUAGGAGUGGAAUUAUAUGAAGGAAGGCUGGAAAUCAAAGUUUUACAUACUGGUAUUAUUAAAUUUCACAUUGUACCGAAUUUUCUGUACCAAGGGUGGUUGAAAUGCAAGCUCAGGAGAAUAAUAUGUGUUGUACAGAUUCAGAAUUGUGAUAAUACGAAUUGCAAAGUGAGAGAACCAGGGGUAGUACAAGAGGACCUAACAACAACCUUCCAGAGGAUGAAACCAGUAGUUUGCACUGUUAAAUCAGUUCACUUAAUGUCUGUGGAACUUGAUUUCAGACAAUCGAAGGCACAUGUUGAUAAGAAAAAAGGAGUAUAAGUGAUACACGAAGAAGAGGACGAACCUACAACCUUCAUUGUUUUAGUUAGCAAGGAAGGGGCGGAAAUAAAGAAUAUAAUGUUACAGGCUCAUGUAGUUCCUUACAAAGACGAAGACAGAGAGCAUUGCAUUUCGCAAAGAGAUGGUCAGUUUAUUUCUGGGCUAAGAGCUGAAGUACUUAGAGGUCUCAUUCUCACGGGGAAAGUCUUUAGAUCUGAGGAUAAAUGUUUACUCAUGGUAAGUCAAAUUCUUAAAAUGUUGUUGUGGGUAGGGUACUUGAGGUGGAAGUUCAGAUUGGUUCCACCUGGUUCAUGGAAUAUGAGAAGUGUUAGUCUGGCAGUUAAUUUCUCAAUUUUUCUAAAUGUUUACUCAUAGAGUACUCGAUCAAAGGACGCAUACACUAUUUGUGAUGAUAAAAGAGGGUGGACUUGGGGCAGUCAGAGUAGUUCCAUAUUUGAAGUCCUUAGAUCCUGUUGCAGUGGUACCAUAGCCAUGAUUAUUGUUGGUAGUGAUACUUCCAUCAGUGUUUACCAAGAUGUGAAAUGUGAAGAUAGUGGGCAUAUUUACUUAGUAAAAACCAACUCAAGAGAGUUAAAAUAUCUGUUUAAUGUAGAGAUGGGAACUCAGGCCAUGGGUGAUACAAGCAGUUGUGCAGAUAAUAGAUUCGCCUGUCUUUUGGAAAAUGACACAAGAAUGUCAUGUUCAAUGGUUCUGAUAAUUAUUCAUUGGCGACAGUUGGUUAUUGGGCCUGGUUUCCAAUAUGUAAGAAUCUCUCAAGUUUAUUCAUUAGGGUUACUUCUGCAUUAGCAUUGCCAGUUUGAGGGACUAAUUCGGCUACAGUCCACAAUCAUUGCUUGUUACUUCUGCAUUCCUUCUAAAGGUGUCGCAAGCGAUGAACAUCUAUUACUCGAGCCAAUUUCCGUGAUUCUCAUCCUUGAGGACAAGGAUGUUUUCAAGGGGAGUGGAAUGUCAUGUCCCUGGGGUACCCCAUAUCGUAAUUGUGUUUGUCUUUAGUAGUUUAGUAGUUAACUGUAAUGGUGGGUUGUGAUUGUACCACCUGGUGGCUAUCUAUCCAUGGAAUCAAGGGUAGUAUUUAAGAUGGUUUAUAUACUCCUGUGUCUAUAAUGGAAGGGAAUCGAAUAUUAAGAAAUCAUUAGAACUUUUGUUCUUUAGGCUGUGUUCAUUUGAACACAGAGAGGAUCGAUUUUUCGGAAUUGAGAGAGGUUUAUCCUCAAUUAUCACCCCAAUCUUGUCAUUGUACUUAGGUACAUGACAAUUGGUAUCUAGAGCCGUUUCGGUUCUGCCGAUUUUUUCAAUGCAGGUUGCAGAUUUGGACGAGUUUUAUCCAGCGGAAUUGACAGAAAUGGAAUUGUUAUCUCAGAAUAUUUAUAAUUUGGGAAGAUUUCAAGCUGCAGUAUCAGAGAAGUUGGAGGGUGAAUUUAUUCGACCUCCUAAGCAGGUAACUGCAUGGAUGAACUUCUUCUCAACAGAAAUAAAGGAUAUCUUGGCGAUGGAGCGUAGGCUUUGUGAUGAGAAUUCAGAAGAAAGUCUUGCAUUACUCCAAUCAGUGGUUCAACAAUUGAAGACGAUGAAGAGAUACAUCGCUGACCACAUGGAACCAACUCCUGUUGAUUCAGAUUUGGUAAGUGAUUCAACUCAGAAAUCCUCAAUUUCAUCAGCUGAAGAAGAAGAAGAAGAAGAAGCUCUCGAUUGCAAGUUGAUUCCGCCUUUUAUCUUUGAAGAAAAUGAGAAACAGUUCUAGACUCACAUGAACGAUUUGUUUCCCUAACUGGAAUAUUUUGAUGGAUACUUUUCAAAUCAAAAAAUUUCUUGGUAAAGUCUAUAAA